GGAAAGACAUGUCGGCCGUGACGGAGGAGCUACAGGCGGAUAUGCAAGCGAGUAGUGCGCGGGCAGGCCUCUCCGCCGCCAUCAUCGACGGGCUGACGAGCUCUACGUGUACGGGGCCUGAUGUGUGGAAGACUGUGGGCGAGUCUGGGGUUCGCGUCUGCGUGUUGGCGGGGGAGAGACAGGAUCCGGUACAGACGACGCGAGAGCAAGGGAAGACACUGAAAGAGACUGGUCCGGCGAAGAACCAGACCGAGAAUAAGGCGUUCCUUGUUCGCGAGGCCAUGCAUGCUUGGAGUUUGUCCCAUCCUGCUUUGUUUGCCGAGGGUAUCGACGCUUGGAUUGCCCGGAGGGAAAUGCCGGUUGGAUAUGAGGAGAUCUGAAUCAUGUCUAGGAAUUCAUCCUGCUUUUACGUAAAUAUACUACCUACAUGGUGGUGGUUCUAGUAGGUUCAAUAGUGACACUAUAGUGGCUUCAAUCCUUACUACCACCUAUGUAUUGACGAGGUAUAGA